UCUAAACUCAAUAAGGAAGUAAGGUGAAAGACUCGGGAAAGUGGAUGAUAGUUUUUAACUCGCUCCUAUACUUCAAUUCUACACAACGGUUUGUUAGUUUAUUCGAGAUUAAAAAGUAGUCCAUCUGUCCGUGUCCUCUCUCCUACAGCCCUAUCUACAAUGGACACAAGUAAUGAAGAACAGCUGUUGGGAACUCUGAAGAAGCUCGGGGAUGACGAUCUGAAGACGUUUCAGUGGUUCCUGAAGAAGAAAGUUCUGGAUGGGUUUGAUCCCAUCCCAAAGAGCAGGUUGGAGGGAGCUGCCAGAACAGACACAGUGGAUAGGAUGGUGGAGAUUUACAGACCUGAAGGAGCUCUGAAGAUCACUGUGGAGAUCCUGAGGAAGAUGGAUCAGAAUAAUUUUGCUAAGUGGCUUAUGAGUGUCAGUGAUGCUGAGGAGGCAGGUGGGAACAGUUCAACUUCCUGUCUGCCUCAGGAAGUCCAGGGUUCCUCCAACACGACUGAGACUGGAGGCCAUGCUGCUGCUCCUGGUGGAAACCCCUCAGAGCAUGAAGCUACUCCUUGGUCCUCCAACAAAGCUCAGGAUGGCAGCAUUUUCAUGGCUCCAGUGUUAAAGGAGACACAUGUUGCAGGAAAUCUGACCCUCACUACAACUACUGGAGACAACAUAACCAUUAACCAUAACCCUACAACCUACAAUAUAACCCAAAAUAAUAAGGAAAUUGUGGACCAUCAGAAAAAAGAGAGCACAUCCCAGGACCCCCAAGGCAGUGAAACACCACCAUUCAUACUCAAACUUAAAAAGGCUCUUCAAGAGAGUUUUAAGACAAAGUUCAAAUACCUUUUCGAAGGAACCACAGAAGAUGAGACAACUCUCAACAGCUUCUUCAUACAACUCUACAUGACAACGGGGGAGAGUGAAGGGGUCAAUAAAGAACAUGAGAUCAUGCAGAUUGAAUAUCCAUCCACAGGCAAAACAUCAUCAGAAAGGUCAAUCCACUAUAGUGAAAUCUUCAGCCCCCUAGAUGAAAAAGAGACAAAGAUCCUGACUGUGCUGACGAAGGGCAUCCCUGGCAUCGGAAAAACCAUCUCAGUGCACAUGUUCAUCCUAGACUGGGCAGAAGGGAAAUCAAAUCAGGAUAUAGAUUUAAUCUUUGUACUUCCAUUCCGAGAGCUGAAUUUGAUCAAAGAUGACUUAAGUCUUCAUGGUCUUCUGAAGGAAUUUCAUCCAGAGAUUGUCAUCCUGAAUGAGGUAGAAGACGCACAGAUGUUUAACAACCACAAAGUGCUGUUCAUCUUGGAUGGGAUGGAUGAGAGCAGAUGUCCUCUGGAUUUCCAUAACAAUGAGAGAGUGUCUGAUGUCACUAAGAAGUGUCCAGUUGAUUUUCUGCUGACCAACAUCAUGAAGAAGAGUCUGCUUCCCUCUGCUCUCCUCUGGAUAACCUCCAGACCUGGAGCAACCAGUCAGAUCCCCCGCAGAACCGUCAAAAUCAACAGGGAGACAGAAGUUUGUGGCUUUCAAGGAGAACAGAGGCUUGAAUAUUUCAGGAAGAGAUUUUCUGAUGAUGAGGACCUGGCCAACAGAAUCAUCGAACACAUGAGGACAACAAGGAGCCUUUACAUCAUGUGUUACAUUCCUAUAAUGUGUUGGAUUAUCGCUGAGGUCCUAAAAGACAUGUUGAGACAAAACAACAGUGGACAUAUCCCCCAAAGUCUGACUGAAAUGUACAUUCACUUCCUGAUCACUCAAACACAGGUUGCAAGACAGAAGUAUCAGGGGGAAACCAUCAUGGAUAAAAAGAAGGUCUUAGAAUUAAGAAAAGACUUGAUGCUGAAACUUGGACAGGUAGCUUUUGAACAGCUGGUGAAGAGGAGUGUAGUGUUCUAUGAGGAAGACCUAAGAACAUGUGGGAUUGAUGUUGAUGAAGCUGCAGUGAAAUGUGGACUGUGCACAGAAAUCCUGAAGUUAAGUCAUGGGCUGUAUAAGAAGAAGAUGUACUGCUUUGUUCACCUGAGCUUUCAGGAGUUCCUCGCUGCUCUCUAUGUGUUCUACCGCUGUGUCACCAAGAACAUCAGUGCGCUGGAGUCCUUCCUGGAAAACGUGUCUGCAGAGCAGCCCCUGCAUGAGUUGCUGAAGAGAAUCGUGGAUAAAGCUCUACAGAGUGAGAAUGGACACCUGGACCUGUUCCUCCGCUUCCUUUUUGGCAUCUCACUGGAGUCCAACCAGACUCUCUUACAAGGCCUUCUACCCCAGACAGAGAACACAUCAGAGACUGUUGAGGACAUGAGAAAAUAUCUCAGGAAGCCAGACGUAGAGAAUAUCUCACCAGAGAGGCAAGUCAACCUCUUCCUCUGCUUGACUGAGAUGAAUGACAGUUCAGUACAUGAGGACAUUCACCAGUUCCUCAUGUCACCAGAUCGCGAAGAAGACGCUGUCUCAUCGGAUCACUGCUCAGCACUGGCUAAUGCACUUCUGAUGUCACAAGGCGAGCUGGAUGAGAUGGACCAGAGGAAAUACAACACAGAUAUGCUGGGGCGAAACAGACUGGUCCCAGCAGUGAGGAAAUACAGAAAAGCUGUACUGACUGACAUGUUGCUCAGCCAUGAGGACUGUGCAUUACUGGCCUCCUUCCUCCAGUCUGCCCUCUGAGAGACCUGUACCUGGGGGGGAUUAAGCAGUUUGGGUUCAAAGAUGACCUGAACAUUGUCGUUGAUGCCCUGAGAGGUCCAUACUGUAAACUGCAGACACUGAGACUGACUGACGAGAAUCUCAGCUCUCAUGACCGUGCAUCACUGGCCUCCAAUCUCCGGUCACCAGACUGUCCCUAGAGAGAGCUGGAACUGGGGGGGAUUAAGCUGAUAGAUAUUAAUAAUGACAACCUGAGUGUGGUUUUUCCUUCCCUGAGAGAUCCACAAUGUAAACUGCAGACACUGAGACUGACUGGCAUGGAGCUCAACUAUGAGGAGUGUACAUCACUGGCCUCCUCCCUCCAGUCACCAGACUGUCCUCUGAGAAAGCUGCACCUGGGGGGGUGUAUGUAUAUUUACCCCCGAAUUAGUUCUGCUUCCCAGACAAGUCCACUCUCUAAACAGGAGACAAUGAGACUGACUGACAUGGUAAUCAGCCUUGAGGACCAAGCAUCCCUGUCUGCCUCCGUCCAGUCACCAGACUGUUCUCUGGAGGAUCUGGAGGAGGAAGAUGUAAUGUGGAUGAAGUAGCUGGACGGAGUCUCUACGUGAAGGCUCUCACACCUCAUUGUGUAACUUGCUGAAUUGCUAGUCAUAUGUUGAUAAGUAAGGGUCAAGAUUGUGGUGUGAUUGUUUGUUCUUGGGUGUAAAGGGAAGCAUUGUGAAGCAUUGUUCUGUGGAUCCUUGAUGUCCUUCUCCUCAGGUAUGGCUUGUCCUACACCUCCUUCCUCACCUCUUGCUUUCUCUCUUAUUUGCAAUAAUCAUGGUAGCGUAGGUAAGAGUUUGUUUUAUUCUGUUCCUGUUCUCCUACAGGGACUACAGAACUACAGAAUAACUUUAUGCAAACAUGCUUUAUUAACGUACUCGCACGUGUCUCACAUACAGUACAAUCCAUAGACUUGUUAAUUUCUAUGGAAAGUGCUCAGUGAGGCAAGCGAGAGCGCAAAAUGGACCGUGCCAUCUUUCCAGUUCCGGCUCGUCUGGUCUUGCGCAGAACAGUGGCUCGCUUUGCUCCUAGCUCCGAGACUCGUAUGAAAACUGGCAGAAUGGGGUACAAGCCAAUCAAGAAGCAGAUACAUCAUGCUAACUUUACGAAAAUCAAUGUUAUUAGUACUGUAUAGUAUUACUUUCACUUGGUUUUUAGAAAUAUGCCUAUUUUAAAUGGAACAUAUGUUCCACAUACGACCACAUAUACAUUGUUCUUUUUGCUUCGUGUUUUUAGUAUGACUGCUUAAGUAUUGUGUCGGAUUAAAUAAACUGUAAACUUGAAUA